GUUGCGCACUAGGUAGCUGGGCACGGAGUUGGUCUCUGUUUACCAGCCCUCCCGGGGAUGGCCCCCAAAGUCUCAGAGUCGGUGGAACAGCUCCGCGCUGCCUGCAACCAGAACUUCCACAUUGGCCAGUACGGCGAGGCCUCGGCGCUGUACGAGCGCGCACUGCGGCUGCUGCAGGCACGAGGUUCUGCAGACCCCGAGGAAGAAAGCGUUCUGUACUCCAACCGUGCAGCGUGCUACUUGAAGGAUGGGAACUGCACAGACUGCAUCAAAGAUUGCACUUCAGCGCUGGCCUUGGUUCCCUUCAGCAUCAAACUCUUGCUGCGAAGAGCAUCUGCAUAUGAAGCCCUGGAGAAGUACACGCUGGCCUAUGUCGACUAUAAGACUGUGCUGCAAAUUGAUAACAGUGUGGCAUCAGCCUUGAAAGGCAUCAACAGAAUCACUAGAGCUCUCAUGGACUCACUUGGGCCUGAGUGGCGCCUGAAGCUGCCCCCUAUUCCUGUGGUGCCUGUUUCAGCCCAGAAGAGAUGGAAUUCCUUGCCUUCGGAGAAUCACAAAGAGACGGCUAAAAACAAAUCCAAAGAAACUACAGCUACAAAGAGCAGAGUGCCUUCUGCUGAGGAUAUGGAAGCCAAAGUUCUGAAGGAAGAAGGCAAUGAGCUUGUAAAGAUGGGCAACCAUAAGAAAGCUAUUGAGAAGUACAGCGAAAGCCUCUUGUUUAGUAGCCUGGAAUCUGCCACGUACAGCAACAGAGCGCUCUGCCAUCUGGUCCUGAAACAGUACAAGGAGGCAGUAAAGGACUGCACAGAAGCCCUCAAGCUGGACGGGAAGAAUGUGAAGGCCUUUUACAGACGGGCUCAAGCCUACAAGGCCCUGAAGGACUAUAAAUCCAGCCUUGCAGAUAUUAGCAGCCUCCUACAAAUUGAACCCAGGAAUGGCCCUGCACAGAAGUUACCGCAGGAAGUCAACCAGAACAUGAACUAAAACCCCAAGAGGGCAACAGGAACCCUCUACCUGACCUUCCCAGAGAAGCU